AUGGCGGACGCCUCGGACGCCUCGGAAAGCUCGGAAAGCUCGGCGUCGUCGCGGCCGGCGAAGCAACGGCGCUUGGAGGUCCCGAGCUCGCUGCAGAGCCUCUUCGCGCGCAGCGAAGAUCCACGUGCGCACGGGGGACGCACGCGGCGCGUGCCACACGUGGAGGGGAACUUUGCCACGCUGGUUUUCGUGCCCAUCAAGCCGAAGCCCCUUUGGGAGGCCAUUGGCAGCGCAGCGGUUGCUGCCUUGCAACGCUUGGGCGCCAGUGAGGCGACAAUGGUGGCAAAGGAGGGAACAGGAUGGCACAUCAGCCUCUCACCGCUGUUGAUGCUGCGGCGGCAGUUCAUUCGACCCUUCGAGGAGAGGUUACGGAAGGUGGUGGAUAGCUUGCAAGUCCCUGAGAGCCUGCAGGAGCAGAUUUGGUUCAACGAGACUUUGGAUGUUUUCGCCUCACCAGAAGGUGACCGAUACUUUGCAGGAGUCUCUGUCUCUGAUGCAUCUGCCCGUUGGCUGCGCGGGCUGGCCCAGCGCUUGCGAGGCUGCGCGCAAGACUUUGGCCUUGAGAUCUCAGAUCAUGAUCUCGAAACUUUGCAGCUGCACUGCUCAUUAGCCUGGACCAUGUCAUCACUGACCUUGCCAGGGGAGCCAAAGGAAAGCCCCUUUGGCCGCGUAUGGUCCUUGGAGGACCGCUUGCCACAGGUGCCAUCGUUGCGUGCGCAUGCCUUACGCCUGCGGGUGGGCGAUCGGACGCAGGUCGUGCCGUUUCCAGGCUGUGAUGGCAGCGACUCCGAAUCAGAGUCCCAGUGGCGUCCCAGAAAAUGCGGGCAGAGUCAAGAGCUUCAACGCUGGGAAAGGCUUUGGAUUCAUCGAGCCUUAGACACCUUGGGCCUGGGGCUUCGGGACAUUGGAUCGGGCACAGACGUCUUCGUGCAUAUCAAAGACUGCACCGAUGGGAAGCAGCCGCUCACUGGGGACAUCUUGAGCUUCGUGAUGGAACCCAGCGCUUCAAAGCCCGGGCAGAUGGUUGCCAAGAGCGUGGAAGGUGGCACUGGUGCCAAGGAGAUGUUCCCAGGGCCACAGGAGCCGGCACCCGAAGUGCCUGGCACCGGGACCCAUGUGGGCAAGGUGCGCACCUGGAAUGACAGCAAGGGCUACGGCUUUAUCGACCUCCCGGGACAGCCGAAUGUGUGGCUGCACGUGAAGGAGUGCGUGAACACCCAGCCACAAGUAGGUGAUUGGGUGCGCUUUGAUGUGCAGCCCAGCGAGACCAAGCAGGGACAAAUGGUGGCUAAGAACGUCACCGGAGGUAGCCAACCGCUGGGAUCUCGCCCGGGCUUUGGCCCCGUUCGAACCGGAGAUCUGUCAGGUGCUGCUACAGCCUACAGCCCCUAUGCUGGUGCAAGCUUUGCCGGCGCGGCACCGCAGGCGGUGGCGACUGGAGGCUAUGUGGUGCAGCAGGGAAUGCCUAUGCAACAGCAAGUUGGGAUGCAGCAAUAUGGUGGAAUGCAAGGCCAAUACGUCCAACAGGGUCAAAUGGGCCAAAUGGCCAUGCAGCCCCAGCAGCAACUUGAUGGCACAAUGCAGGCCCAAUAUGUCCAACAAGGUCAGAUGGGUCAAAUGGCCAUGCAGCCCCAACAGCAACUUGAUGGCACUAUGCAGGCUCAAUAUGCCCAACAGGGUCAAAUGGGCCAAAUGGGCCAAGUGGCCAUGCAGCCCCAGCAAGUUGGCAUGCAGCCACAAAACGGGUACCAGCAAUAUGCUGUCCAGCAACCGCAAAUGCAGCAGUAUGGCAUGCAGCAGCAAGGCAUGCAAAUGCAACCGCAAUACCAGCAAGGCUACCAGCCAGGGAUGCAGAUGGGUAUGCAGCCUCAAGGCUACCAGCAGAUGGGCAUGCAGCCUCAGCAAAUGCAGUUCCAACAAGCAAUGCCAAUGCAGCAGCCGGGCAUGCAGCCCAUGCAGCAGGGCUUUAUGCAGCAGGUGCCACAGCAGCAGAUGGGGCAGCCGAUGAUGCAGCCGGACAUGCAAACGGGCUUCUCGAUGGGAGCAGCUGGCAUGGACCCAAAUGCACAGAUGUCUUUGAGCGGAGUGGCACCCGCAGCGGCCUCCAUCGCUGCGCCUGCGGCGUCACUCGCGUUGGACGCGGCCACAGCACCGGCCUUGGCUCCGGCUGAAGCGCCACCACUGGAAACUGCCCCACCACCUGCCGAGCCUGCGGCCGUCCAGGCGGCACCUGAGGCGGCACCGGCGCCGGAGGCCGCAGCAGCGCCGGCAGCGCCGGCACCCGCGGCGCCUGCUGAAGCAGCUGCAGAACCAGCCGCAGAACCAGCUGCAGCGACCCCGGAAGCAGAUGCCUCAGCGGUGGCUGCUGCAACGCCGCAGUAG